UAUAAAAAGUUACCAAUUACGUAGUUGCAAACACUUCCUACGUCGCAACUACCAUUUUAUGAAUCUGGUCCGCGUUUUAACCAGUAAAUAAAAUAUGCGGAUGUCUGGCUUUCUAAUCCAUAUAUACUAGAUAAUUGGACUUUCUACUGCCAAUUCAUUUCCUGGGAGGAUACAUCAGCAUGACAACACAGCCUACCGCCUCUUAUCGAUCCACCUAAUUUCCUACCAUCGAGCCAUCGACGCCAUGGCGAGCAAAUCUCGCUGGGCGGACACCGAAGAAGACGCAGCGUACGAAGCCAAAAUCAGGCGUGAGAAGGAAGAAAAGAAGCGUCUAAAAGCGGAGAAAGCACGGAAGGCAGAAGAAGCACAACGCGCUCAAGCCGAAGCCGAAGCAGCCAAGCUACGAGCCGCGCAAGAGCAACAACAGAACCAAGACGACAGACCGCCCGCGAAACGACGGAAACUAACGCCCGAGGGAGAAGGUCAGGAAAGCGGCGGGGCAAAAGAAGAAAACAACAACAAUAAUAAUGCAAAACUCCUACGUUUCGAGGCCGGCACCUGGGGCAAGUCGCGCAGCGUCGAGAACUACGAUAAGCUAAACGACAUCGAGGAGGGGGCGUACGGCUGGGUGGCACGGGCGAAGGAGAUCAAGACGGGGAAAGUAGUCGCGCUCAAGCGGCUCAAGAUCGACCCCAACGACGCCGCGGGCCUGCCCGAGACGGGGCUCCGCGAGAUCCAGAUCCUGAAAGACUGCUCGCACCGGAACAUCGUCGAGCUGCGCGAGGUCGUCGUCGGCGACGACACCUCGCGCAUCGAGAACGUCUUCCUCGUCCUCGAGUUCCUCGAGCACGACCUGAUGUCCGUGCUCGGGGACAUGCCGGAGCCCUUCCUCGCGUCGGAGGUCAAGACGCUGCUGCUCCAGCUCGCCGGCGGCGUCGCCUACCUGCACGACCACUGGAUCCUGCACCGGGACCUGAAGACGUCGAACCUGCUGCUCAACAACCGCGGCCAGCUCAAGAUCGCCGACUUCGGCAUGGCGCGCUACGUCGGGGACCCCCCGCCGCCCAAGCUCACGCAGCUCGUCGUCACCCUGUGGUACCGCGCGCCCGAGCUGCUCCUCGGCACCAAGACCUACGGCGCCGCCGUCGACAUGUGGAGCGUCGGCUGCAUCUUCGGCGAGCUGCUCACGCGCGAGCCCCUGCUGCAGGGCAAGACCGAGGCCGACGAGCUGACCAAGAUCUUCGAGCUCUGCGGCAUCCCCUCCGACGACUCGUGGCCCGGCUUCCGGCGCCUGCCCAACGCCCGGCACCUGCGUCUGCCCAAGGCGUCCGCCGCGCACGCGGGGUCCGUCGUGCGCGCGCGCUUCCCGCUGCUGACGACGGCCGGCUGCGAUCUGCUGAGCGGGCUGCUGUCGCUCGACCCGGACCGGCGGCCCACGGCCCGCGAGAUGCUGCAGCACGAGUACUUCCGCCAGGACCCCAAGCCCAAGCACGAGGCCAUGUUCCCGACGUUCCCCAGCAAGGCGGGCCAGGAGCGGCGGAGGAGGCGGUCGACGCCGAACGCGCCGGGCAGGGGUCAGAAGGCGGCCGAACUGGGUGCCGUGGACUUCAGUGGGAUAUUCGCGGCGAGGGAGAAAGAGGAACGAGGCGGCGGGUUUGCGUUGAGGAUGGUUUGAUGGGUCAUUUGUCAUUUACCAAAUCUACGAGAAGAUACGAACUUGGAUGAAUGCAAAAAAACCGAGAAUCCAAAACCACAUUAGGCAUUACAUUUAUAUGAUA